CCUCUUACAGGCUGCCGAGCCGGUGCCGGUCGUGAGGUGCUGCCCUGAAGAGGCUGCCGCGGUGGAGGGUCGCGGUGCCUCGGGAAGAUUGGAUGCGGUUAGCGGUGGAGGGCGGCGUCCCCCAUCACCUGGGCCCUUCCCGCCUCCGAGGGCUGCCCUAGGCGGCCAGUGAGCCAUAAGUUUUUCUUACCAGGUAUUAACAAUAUGGAUGCCGAACAUACAGGACAAGAGUUUCCCAGAGUGACACCUUUGCAGCAAAUGAUUGCCUCAUGUACUGGAGCUAUUCUUACAUCACUAAUGGUGACACCUUUGGAUGUUGUUAAAAUUCGUCUCCAAGUUCAGAACAACCCUUACCCCAAAAGAAGAUGUUUUUUAUAUUGUAAUGGACUGAUGGAUCAUCUAUAUUUCUGUGACGAGGGUAGCAACAAAGCAUGGUACAAGAAGCCUGGCCGCUUCAGAGGAACAUUGGAUGCCUUUUUGAAAAUUAUUCGAAAUGAGGGUAUAAAAUCCUUAUGGAGUGGUCUUCCCCCUACACUAGUAAUGGCAGUUCCUGCUACAGUUAUAUAUUUUACUUGUUAUGACCAAUUAUCUUUAUUUAUGAAGUCUAAAGUGGAAAAUGAAGCCUUCAUACCAAUUUUUGCUGGAAUUGUGGCAAGAUUAGGUGCAGUAACUGUAAUAAGUCCCUUAGAGUUGAUUAGAACCAAAAUGCAAUCCAAGGCAUUGUCUUGUAAGGAAUUACAUCUGUUUGUCAGACGGAAAUUAUCACAUGAUGGUUGGAUUUCACUCUGGAGAGGUUGGAGUUCUACUGUUAUGAGAGAUGUACCUUUCUCAGCAAUGUAUUGGUAUAACUUUGAAGUGUUUAAGAAGUGGCUUUGCAAAAACUCUGACAAACAUGAGCCAACUUUUGUGAUUAAUUUUACUGCAGGGGCAAUGUCUGGUUCUAUUGCAUCUGUUGUGACUUUACCAUUUGAUGUUGUAAAAACACAAAAACAAACCAGACUUUGGAGAUAUGAAACUCCUCAAGAUAUAGAUCUACACACCCUACCCACAUCAACAUGGGACAUCAUGAAGCAGAUUGUUUCUAAACAUGGAAUUUCUGGAUUAUUUGCAGGACUCAUUCCCCGGUUAAUUAAAGUUGCUCCUGCUUGUGCCAUUAUGGUCAGUACAUAUGAAUUUGGGAAGGCAUUUUUCCAUCAGCAAAACCUCAAACAGGAAUACCAUACUUCUGACAGUAUGGACUUGAAGUAAUUAUCAUGGUCAUAUUAUUAGCUGGAAGGUUCUCGGAAAUGUGUAAACUGCAAGUCUAUUUUUAAAUAUCUUUUUUUAUUUAAAAAAGUAUUAAUUUUACAAUUCUAAUUAUAAUUUAAUAACACAUUUUCUAUUUUAUCCUGUCUUUGGAAGAAUUUAAGAAAAUUCUUCCUUGGGUAUCCAUAACCCUUGUGAGAAAGGAAAAGAGAAAAGCUUGACAAGACAGCAAGAAUUUUUUAUUGAAUUCUAAAUUUUCAUUUGUUACCUAUUGUCUCCUAUGAGUCUGUCAGUUGUACCUAAACCAUGAUAGGAGUAGAGUGUUUAAAAAGAAAAGGCUAAUAAGUCUUUUGUGCAAAUCUUAAUCAUGUGCACAAGUAUUUAUUUUUUAUUGAAAUGGAAAUGGAAGACAAUUAUCAAAUAACGUCACGCCAGCACUUGCCAAAUAUUACCAAUGUGUUUUUAUUUUUAAUUCUGAUAUUCCUUAGUGUUUUGUUUGUUUGGGGUCCUUAUACAUAGUAGGAUUUCUUCUGACAAAUCAUAAUUGUUUUUUCUUUAUAUCCAGAAGUAAUCCUUUUUUGCUACUAUAAGCAAAAGGUACAUAUCUUUUGCUGUGUUCUGCCAAUUUUGAAGAAUAUGGAUACUGUUCUUGGAAACUUCGUAUUCAUUUCAAACUGUGGUUCAUUGCUUUAGAAAACUAGUCCUCUGUAUUUGGUUCAGAUAAGUUGAGCACUUGAAAAGGUAGCCUAGUUUGUGUUAUGGAUAAGAUAAUUGCUAAGAGCUAUGUAGAGUACUUUAGGUCCUACUGCUAUUGAGGUAGAAAUAAAAAAGGAAGUUUUUCAUUACUUUCUGAUGCUUCUAUUUAUAUACAUUCACUUUAGCAUCUAAAGAUUUGGCACAGAGCGUCCCUGUGCUUUUUAUUCUGUGAUUGAUAAGUAUCGUUGUUAUUUUCAUUGUUUUCCCAGCUCAGUUUUGUAGGCUUGUUCUAAUAUGCUAGAGAUUAUCACAUCAUCAGUGGCUAAAUAUUUUCAUGUUGCUUCCAGAUUUCACAUAUUACUACAUUUCACAUUAGUCUGCUGACCAUGAAAAUAAGCAGUAAUCGGGGGUAGCGGCAUUUUUUUUAAAGAAACUUUUCUUGUUAUAGGCCAAUAGUAUGUGACUAAGUGUCAGAAUGAAAUGAAGGAAGAUGUAAUGACAAAAUAGGAAAUAGCAUAAAUUUUAAAAAUUACUCUUUGAUCUUUUUUUUUCCUCAGAAUAAUUUAUAUGCUAUGAGACAAGCACUUUAUUAUGGUCUAAAUAUUUUUCAUGAAAAUGUGAAAAAUUUCAGAAUGGAAUAGUUGAAGGAGAUGGGAUUUAAAUAUUAUCUGGUAAGAGUUAGAGAAUUAACACAAUUAUACUAAACUAAGAAAGGGUUCACAUAUUUUGCUAAACAAAUAAUUUUAUAUCUCUUUAAGUUUUGAAUAUAACCAUGUGUGUAUUUUAUUUCAUCCUAUGUUGAUUUGUCUUACACUUGGAAACAGUAUGUAUGUAUAUUUGUUUUUAAUUCAUUUUCAUUAAAGAUUUUGCCUCCUUUCUAAAUUUAAGGUUUCUGUAGUACUUCUUAGUGACAAUAUUCUGAAAUUUUGUUAAAUUUAGAUAUAUGAAUGAUAUGCAUAUACACAGUGUAAGUUUAUGUAGGUUACCACUUAUUAACAAGCUUAAAAUUCUUAUUGGUACCUAUCACACUUAGUUUUAUUAUUUCUAUUUGCAUUGAUACUGAAAUGAAGAAAGUGUAUAAAUCUGUGUUUUCAAGUGGUAGUCUUUCCUUCUGUGUAUAUUUCAUCUUCAACGUCAUGGAUAAAUAUGACAAAGAUUAAUUAAAUUUCAUCUUUCUAUUUA